CCGCCUUUAAUUUUCUUUGCCUGCAGAACGGGUUCCUUGGGUGCAGACAACAUGGGGCAGGGGCUUCAGGGCCGUCUAGACUCCAGUCACCAUGGGCCUGGCAGGAUGUGGCUCAGCCUGGGAGAAAUCACGGCUCUCCCCUGCCCAGCCCAGCUCCUCCUCAGCCCCAGGCCACUCGCCGAUGACAGCUCCGUGAAAGGCCCAGCCGACAGCACCUGUCAGCUGCUGUCUGGGUGGAGGCUCAGCCAGAGCUGAAGGCAGAGAGAAACAAUAAUACUUCUGUUUUCCAAGCACUUCUGUAUACCAGCUGCAGGCACCAUGUCCGAGCCAUCCCGGGAUGCCCGCCCGAUCCCCCGCGGCAGCAGGGCCUGCCGUCGCCUGUUCGGCCCCGUGGACAGUGAGCAGCUGCAGCGAGACUGCGACGCUCUGAUGGCCAGCUGCGUGCAGGAGGCCUGUGAUCGAUGGAACUUCGACUUUGUCACCGAGACACCGCUGGAGGGUGACUUCGCCUGGGAGCGGGUGUGGAGCCUGGACCUGCCCAAGCCCUACCUGCCCUCAGCGCCGAGGAGGGCCCAGGACAGCCUGGGAAGAAGCAAGCGGUCCGGCAGCUCACCUGCCCUGCUGCAGGGGACAGCUCAGGAGGACCACGUGGACCUGUCACUGUCCUGCACCCUGGUGCCUCGCUCCCCUGAGCAGCCUGAGGGGUCCCCAGGUGGGCCGAGCACGUCUCAGGGCCGCAAACGGCGGCAGACCAGCAUGACAGAUUUUUAUCACUCCAAACGCCGGCUGAUCUUCUCCAAGAGGAGGCCCUAACCGCCCACGGGAAGCCUCCCGCUCCUGGAAACACAGCCUCCCGCAGGCCCGCUCUACACCUUGCGCCUCAGUCCUUCCGUUUGUGUGUCUUAAUUAUUGUGUCUGUUUUAAUUUAAACUCCUCCUCAUGUACAUAGCCUGAUCGCCACCACCUUCCCACCCCGCCCGCUGCUGGCAUUAGAAUUAUUUAAAGAAAACAGACAGCGGAAUGAUAGGCCUAUUGGAUUGCCAGGCAUUUUUAUUAUGCAAACUACAUAUUAUUUAAAACCUCCUCAUCCUACACUCACUAUUUCUUCUCUCCCGGAGGUAAGGUGGGGCCGGCCUGACCCUCAUCUGCUGGGUGGUGCUCGGGAGGGGCCUGGUUCCCUCUGUUCCCUACUUCAAGGACCGUAUGAAAUUCUGCUCCUUUCCUUCACUCUCAGACCCAGUUCCUUACCCCGAGAGAAGUAAAGAGAUAGCACUUUGAAGGGGCCCAGCAGCAUGGGGGGGGGGUGUCAUCCAAACAUUGGAGUCCCCUCGCCUCCUCUAAGGGUGGGCAGGGUCACCUUGAAGUGGCCACGCUGGAACAGGGGUGGGGACUGGCACCCUCCCGGCCCCUGCUACCCACUCUGCCCUGUGAGGGCCAGAGGAGGCAGGAUCCCGCAGCAAAGCACCAGCCUCCCUCACACCCUUUCCUGCCCAGGCGCCCCGAUUUUCCAGCCCAAGUCCCUCUCUGCUUCUCCCCUCCCCCUCUAUCCUCUCCCAGCCCUGGGCAGCUGCUCUGGGGUGCCUGUGCCCCCAACUCAAUGGACUGAAGGGCAGGGUCUACCUCAGGCAGCUGGAGCAGUGGGUGCCCCUUCUCUCCGCCCUGGGGGCAGGGUCUGGGUGGUCCGCAGGCCUCCGGGAGUGGCCAUCUCUCUGAGAGGGAUGUGUGGGUGGGGGAAGCAGAUGUUUCUAGGAGGGAGUGACACCUGCCCCUGGAACUCAUCCCAGGGUCUCCCCCUCUGCUCCACCCUCUCCCAUUCAUUGCACUUUGAAAAGCAGCUGAGCAAGGAGUCAGGUGUUUUAAACGGUGGGAGUGAGGCUGUGGAUCGGCUCACAAGCGGGCUGACAGCGGGCCUGCGAGUUGUGUUAUCUCUCCUGGUGCUGCACGCUGAGCCCCCAGAGGCACCCAAGCACUUAGUGGGUCUGCCCCAACCCCUCGCACCCCAUGUAACAUCCUGUCCUGGACUGUAUUCUCCUGUCUUUACUAGACUGUACACCUCUACAGGGCAGGGGCCACAUCCUGUAUGGCUCUGUGUCCCUCACAGCCCCCCCCUCCCCAUCCCCCAGUGCUGGAUAUACAGCAGGUGCUCAAUAAAUAUUUCUUGGAAACUUUA